AUGGCAGCCUCGUAUUCCCUGCCGUCGUCGGCAUUGCCGCACGCUCACCGGGUUCACACCCGGUCCCAGCCGGCAUCACUCAACGCCUGGCGAAUGACGGUGUCAAGCGAGAGUCUGCCCUCUGCGCUGGAGGACGACGAGGACCAGGGCCACGAUCACGAUCACGAUCACGAUCGCGACCAUGACCAUGACCAUGAUCACGACCACAAUUACGACCAUAGCCGCUCCCAAUCCCACUCUCACCCGCGCUCGCAGGCAUAUUCCAUUCCACCGCCGCUGCCAUCUCCCUCGCACUUGCACGCGCACUCCUUCAGCUUCCCACGCCACGGCCGCAGCGGCUCGCAAACUUCCAAUGCAAGCUCUACCGAGAAGCCGUCAAUAGGAGGCGCAGGGAGCUGGUCUCAGGCGAGGAGGAAUCGCUAUACUCCUGAAGUUAUUGACGAAUCUGCUCACGACCAUGAUCAUGACCACGACCACAAUCAUGACCACAGCCAUUCCCAUUCGCAUUCUCACUCGCAUUCUCCUGCCCACUCCCACUCUCAUUCCAAUGGCCACAGCCACGAUCAUAGCCACAGUCACCACCAUGGCCAUGACCACACCCACGAGGCCGGCCACGACCAUAGCCCCAAGCGGUCUCUCUUUACAAGAACAAUCCUCCCCUACACGGUUGGAUGGCCCAUUCUUUAUUCCAUAAUAGCCGAGAAAGAUUCAAGGCGGAUAUUUUACUUCAUGUCGCUCAACUUUGGUUUCAUGAUCAUCCAGGCCUUUUAUGGCUUCGUAACCGACUCGCUGGGCCUUCUCAGCGACAGUAUUCACAUGUUCUUCGACUGUGUUGCCCUGCUCGUAGGAUUGUUGGCAGCUGUCCUGAGCAAGUGGCCGAAGAGCCAGCGGUUCCCAUAUGGCUUCGGAAAAGUUGAAACGCUGAGUGGAUUCGCCAAUGGCAUUCUGUUAAUGCUCCUCAGUGUUGAAAUUGCGUUCGAGGCGUUUGAGCGAUUGUGGGAAGGAACGCAAACAAAGCGGCUAGGCGAGCUCUUCGUUGUCAGCAGCCUUGGCUUGGCCGUGAAUUUGGUUGGCAUGAUGGCGUUUGGACACCACCAUCACGGCCAUGACCAUGGACAUGGACAUAGCCAUGGGCAUUCUCACGGUGAGAAGCAUGACCAUGGAUGCAGCUCACACUCGAGCCACAACCACAACCAUGGCCAUGGCCAUGACCAUGACAAUGAAAAUAUGCGUGGCAUCUACCUGCAUGUUUUGGCAGACACUUUGGGCAGUGUCUCAGUCAUUGUAUCUACAGUUUUGACAAGCUUCUGGGGCUGGUCCGGGUGGGAUCCGCUGGCUUCGUGCUUCAUUGCAGGCCUCAUCUUUUUAUCUGCACAGCCACUCGUGUUUUCAUCAGCGAAGCGUCUACUUUUGACCGUUCCCGAGGGUGUCGAGUACAACCUACGGAACACUCUUGCCGGCAUUGGACAACAGCGAGGCGUCGUGAGCUAUGCGACUCCGAAAUUUUGGAUGGAUGAUUAUGGAGGCAAUCAAUUAUUGGGCGUUGUUCAUGUCACGGUGGCCCGUGGCGCUGCCCUGGAGGAGACUAAAGACCGUGUCCGGGAGUAUCUGCUCAAGGAGGGCAUUGAUGCCGUCAUACAAGUGGAAAGAGAUGGAGAUAAUGGAUGCUGGUGUACUCGCGGACGAGCUCCAACCAACCCGCCGCAGAUGUCCAAGCAAUUCUAG